UCUGCUCUUCCUACCUCUUCCCUUCUCAUUAAUAACUGGGACUCAUCUGUGUCGACCACAUGUGCCAGCCUGUGCCACUUCAAGGACACCACUUUUCACUGUAUCUGGCAGCAUGAUUCAUGUGAAGUUGGUCAAUUACUUUCUGCUCUGUGGAGCUCACGGGAGUUGAAGUGACGUCUCUGUCCUGCCUGCAAUCUCCCUCCAUCCUCCAUCUCUCUCUCCCUCUCUCUCUCUCUUUUGUAUCACUUAAUCAAGACAUAGCUUGCCCUUUCCUGUUCAUUGCUGCCUCCCUCCCUCCUGUAUGCUCUGCUCCCCUAUUUGUUUGUCCUCGCUUUCUUCUCUUUGGCUCUUUUUGCUUCCACCCUCCUGCCUCGUGAUCCUCAUCACCCUCCGUUUAAGCAAGCUCAAUACGAGCAAGGCAACAAGGAAGGACAUGCAGCAGAGAGGUCAGUGAGGAGGAUGACAACAGAAGAACGGUGAAGGAGGGAUGAGAAAGAGACUGAAGUAAGAGGAGGAACUCCAAAGUGCCUACUUCGAGGGUUCGUCUUGCCGAAAUCUGCUGGAUUACAGCAGGACGGGGCUCAGUGUGUGCUUGGCCUUGAAUGGAGGCUAUAUUUUAUCCUGACAGCCACAGAGUCAUCCAUCCCACGUUGCUGAGCUGCAGCCUCGAUACACUCUGAGCCUAGCCGCCACCUCGUCUCAUUAUUGCAAGGACAUCACAGUGUAAGGCUCUGCUUUUUUUUUGCUCUACAGAAAUCAUUUUAGCUUCUCUGUCAGGCAGAUAUAAGUACAGCAGAGCCACAGUGACGGCCUCAGCCUUGGCCAUGUUGACGUGAAUGUAACAGUGACUUGCAGUGAGUGUCAGCUGAUACAGGUGAACGCACAGACACUCAGCAACAUAUCCAAGCAUGCCAGAGUGAUGUCCUCACAGUAGUUUUUUUUCUUUCUUCUUUUGAGGCAGAGCUGGCCUCUGCUCAGUCAACCCCCUCUAUCUCACCCCAGUGAAAACUUCAGCUGCCACUUUUCCCAGGAAGAGCUAAUAAACAUCCCCCAAAAUACACCCACCAAAAGGACUUGCUGCCUCUUUGCACCACGGAAAAACCGAAAAUAUUUUUGCUUCUAUUUCCUCUGUGUUUUUCUGGGGACUUUUUUUCUUGAAUCACGAUUAGUCACCACUGCUCUCAUCGGGCAGUUUUCCGUCCAUUUCCAACCCCCUCCUGCCAUUCAGUGUUUGUGAGCGUCUCUGAUGGCCGUCAGCAUGACCAUGGGGCGAGACACCAAAUGGCUGACCUUGGAAGUGUGUCGUGAGUUUCAGAGAGGCACCUGCUCGCGGUCUGACGCCGAGUGUAAGUUUGCACAUCCCUCCCGGAGCUGCCAUGUGGAGAAUGGCCGAGUCAUCGCCUGCUUUGAUUCACUCAAGGGCCGCUGCACGCGAGAGAAUUGUAAAUACCUGCACCCACCUCCGCACCUGAAAACCCAGCUGGAGAUUAACGGGAGGAACAACCUGAUCCAGCAGAAGGCCGCAGCAGCCAUGUUGGCUCAACAGAUGCAGUUCAUGCUGCCUGGAGCACAACUGCAGCCAAUAACAACAUUCCCAGUGACGCCCUCCUUGGCAACGAGUCCCAGUAUGGCAUUCAGUCCUUAUCUAAGCCACAUGGGCCCGGCCAUGGGCUUGAUGCCUGAGCUGCUGCCCAGCACUCCCCUGCUGGUUCCUGGGAGUCCCACCAGUCUGGCAGCCAUGGGCAACGGCACCUCCGCACAAAAACAUGUGCGCACAGACAAGCUGGAGGUUUGUCGAGAAUUCCAGCGUGGUAACUGCACCCGCGGUGAGAGCGACUGCCGCUACGCUCACCCCCUGGAGGCCGGCAUGGUGGACUGCAGCGAAAACUCGGUCAUCGUCUGCAUGGACUACAUUAAAGGCCGCUGCAGCCGAGACAAGUGCAAGUACUUCCAUCCUCCGGCUCACCUGCAGGCCAGGAUUAAGGCUGCACAGCACCAAGCCAGUCAAAACACAGCGUCCGCAGCCUUGGCUCUGCCUCCUGGGGCCAUGCAGACGCUACCAAAGAGGCAGAUCUUAGAGAAGAGCAACGGAGCUGCUGCCACCGUCUUCAACCCCAGCAUGUUCCACUACCAGCAAGCCCUGGCUAACAUGCAGCUCCAGCAACCAGCCUUUAUCCCCACUGUAGACACCUCUGAGCUUCUGACUUCUGACCCGGUGGAGCUCCAGUGCGUUCCCAUGGAAACCCAUUUCUGCCCCGUCCCCAAACUGCUGGUGGCAGCUCCGGUGGCGCUAAACUCAGUAAGCCUUUCCCGAAACCCCAGUUAAAGUCCCUGCGAUCUGCAGCAAACAUGUGCCUCACCUACAGUGCACACUGACUGAGUGGCAAUGUGAAACUCCUCCUGCAAUGUAAAGAAAGUAGAAUGCUGCGACGGUUCAUGCAAUACAAGCCUGGACGUGGUACUGUUGCUUUAAAGCAGCCAUCCUGAUGCAUACUGACUCGAUCAGGCUGAGCAAUAGAGCUCCCUCCUUCUUACAGCCAUACAUGCCCACACCUUAAAGUACAGCAGACAUGUGCACACACAUAUAAACACAAAACACACACACAUUCAAGACUAAAAUGCCCUUUAUGGGUUGGAGCCAUCUCAUGAGGCGACCCAACACAUUUGACUGUUCCAAAGUCACAAACUCUGAAAAGAUAAUUCUGGAAAUUCAGUCGGACCUUGCCGCUGGUCUACAACCAUGACACGCUGUCAAGAUGAAAGAGUGUUUCAUAUCAUGUCAUGUUUACGUUCUGAGAUGACAGCAGAUGUAACAUUUGUGUUGAACCAUGUAAACCAUUCAGUUUGUCCUCAUCUCGCCUGAUGAAAUGUCAGUAAGGAGUUCAUUUGUUUGUGCCUUUAAUUUUUCUGCUCGGCUGCAGAGGAGACUUAGUUUCAAAACAGUUCAAAGCUGUUUAAGAUGUUCUGAAUCACAAUCAGAGGCAAUAUCGGUUACACAAAUGCUCUUUAAAAUUGACAUAGUUUCACUAAUGUAGAGCUUGAUUUGAAUCACAUUCAAUUGAGAUACAAUCACUUCUACUGAAUGAGCUGAGUAGACAGAUGUUUUAGGAUGUGGCUUUUAAUUUCUUGACAAUGAUUGAAGAAACAAACUGCCUUAAAGCAGAUGUGGUCUUAAGGAGGCCUGACUCUGUUUAACUCUACCAGUAAUACUACAGACAGCUCAAAUUAUGGAUUAAAACUGAUGUUUCCUGAGUCAUGAUGUCUCAUUAGUUAUUAUUUUUUAGUUUGGAAUUGACUAAAAGCAAAGAUCUGUUUGUCAUGAUUCUGUAUCCAAGCAACAUUACCUGAAAUCAUAACAACUAAAUAAUAAUCCUCAGUCAGCUCUAAGUAUGCAGACUUUUAUAAUUGGCACUGUUUAAACUUUUACACCUGAUGUCAGUUAUUGCACAAAAUGGAAGCUGGAUUUGUUUCUGGAUGUUGUGCCUAAAGUCUGUGCUCUAUGCUAGGAGUCGCCCCGAUUAAUGCAAUACCUAAAAAACGAUUCCACACAAAUGUCUCGCUCUCAAACGCAGCGAUGCAUUGUUUAAAAGGCAGUUUGUUUGUGUAAUUAUCUCCUUUCAUGAGGCUUUGGGAUUGAAUUAGUGGCACAAGAUCUUUAUGAUUUUUGGCUCUUCAGGGAGAAAGCUUAGAACUUGAAAAUGUCCUGUCCGACUUUAAAAUGUCUCGUCUUUUCUACUGAUGUGUCCUUUUUGUCAAAAGUCGCGAGACUCUAAAUAUUGAAGCCACAGUUGUUGUAACCAGAAUGGAGUGGUGGUAAAGUUUGGGAAUGUGGGAAUAAAUCACCUGUUUGAUGUCUGAAGGUUAAAAAAAAAAAAAUAGAAAAAAAGAAGAUGGAUUUUAGGUUUUUAAGUGUCUCUAAGGAAUUGCUUUGUAGGUGAGAAAAAUUGAACUCAACAGCUUUGGAAACUGGGCUGAAAUCACUUCUAUCCAAAUUCAAAUGUGCCUCUUUUCAAGUCUCCUCAAACCACCACUGUCAAUACACUGUAAGAACAGACCAGUGCUCGAGAUAGAUGUGUUAUUUGGUACAAUAUUCUAACAGAAGAUCACAUCUGUGCUAGUUUCUUCUCUGAGACAGCUGUGCUGUCUUGUUGUUAAUGUAAAGAAAUAAAUCAGUGAGUUGUGUGCAUACGUAAGUGUGUCGACAGAGACACUGAAUCACAUAUUUGGUUAGUUGUAAAUGCUGCAGAUAUUACGGCAUUUCCCACUGAACAUUAUUCAUUUUAAAUAAUGUUAACGUGUUGUGAAUGUAUCUAAUGCAAAAACUCUACACAUGCCCUUCUAAAAGACAGGCAUGCUGAAAUGUAAUGAUUCACUAUAUAUAGACUAUUUCUGAGGUCACAUAGGUACCAUGCUGAUACUGUGUUAAGACAUAUUAAGUAUGUGUAUUGUUAUAUAGAUUUAUAUUUAAUGUCAAUGGGUGGUGUGACUACUUUUAGAAAUAUCUUUCACUCUCAGAAAAGGUAGAGAAAAAUUGUACUCCUUGCAGUACAAUUGUACACCAUUCAGGUACAUUACAGUACUGUUUUCUUGCCAGUCGGUUUUUGUACCCCUGCCCUCGAACGCACCCGAAGUGGCUGAGAUGCACUAAAAACAAAACCUAGAAUCAUCGGGCAGAAAUUGAGAAAGUCAGUGUGCUACUUUUAUCUCUUUGUUUCACAUGAUGUGGACUGAACGGCGCUGCAGUCCUGUUUCUGUUUACUCUGUGGAGUGUAGACGGACGUCCAGCGGUAUGUAAUCCCUCACUGGUUUCCCACCGUCAGCGCUACCAGCUGAUCACUGGGGCGAGUUAGAAGCCCUGAUUAACCCUGGCUUUGGGCAAGUCGAUGCUUUUCCCCCUCCAUCUGGACACCUCAAUUAGUGUUCCACCUUAACUGUUAAAGAAGCAGCACCUCUUUGCUUUCUUUCAGAUGAGAAGAUCGAUGCGGCUCUCUUGUGUGUGUGGUUGAAUAUGAAGCUAAAGCAGUCCUGGAACUGUAUAAAAGUGACAAAGAAAAACCAAACAGCUCCUCUAAGACUCACUAAUCAGCAUGCUGCAUCUUGUUUGUUCGGUCGCUGUGCAAACAGUUGUGUAGAGCGACAGUUUGUAGCUUUAGUGUGUCUUACUUACGUUAACUGUUUCUGUUCUGGGCUUCUUCACAGUGAAGUUAUCAGGCAGCAGCACCGCAACCAGAGACAAGAAAUUGUUCAUGAAGUAAGAAUUACAAGAAGAAAAUCCAGCUAAAACCACAAACUGUCGCUAUCCUGACUCAGUGUCUGUACAAAAAUAUACAAAGAGGACAAGAAUUGGGUAAUUAGUGAGGAGGUUGUUGGUCAAUUUUUAACUAAAAAUAUACAUACAACAUUUUUUUAAAAAGCCUUGAUAUAAUGAUAUACAGUGCUCUGCAAAAAUUGUAUUUAUAAAAAAAAAUCAACUCAACUAGGAAUACAGAUGACAAAAGAAAGAUAAUUAGACUACCAGCACAAUUAGAAAUUAAAAUAUACAUGUGACAGGUGGAGUGUGUGAGAGUUGUUUUUAAAUUUCGUAUUGUGUUGUGCUGCUUUCCAUAAGAAAAUGGCUGCACAAUAUACACUCAGUCAAAAGUUUGAUUUAUGGUUUUUAUUCAGUUAUUUUAUACAUUGUAGAUCAAUACUGAAGACAUCAAAACUGUAAAAGAAUACAUAUGGAAUUAUGUUGUAAAAAAUGUUCACCUUCAGUAUUAAUCUAAAGUGUAGAAAAUAAUACAAAUAAAUAAAAAACAUGGAAUGAGAAGGUGUGUCCAAACCUUUGACUGGUAGUGUAAAUACAUAUAUAGUUUGUUUUGUUUAUUUAUUCUUUAAUUGAGAUUAGUUAGUGAUUAACUAGAAUUAUUGCAUUUAUUACCUCCUGACAGUUUUUCAUCACAACAUGUAAAUGUUAUAAAGAUCUAAAUGCAUCGGUAACACAAAAGUAGCUUUUAUUUCACACUGUUUAUGUGCGAAAAGCUUGUAUAUAAAUUUAUAUUCAAGCUUUUAUGUACAUAUAUAUAUACACGACACAACAGUAUGUUAACAGUACAGUCAAAUCUACAGUUCACAUACUUUUGUAUUUAUAUUAAAUAGCACAAAAUAAAAACUACAGUCAGUCUCUGCUUUUGCCUCACUCAUGUUUUGAUCCUCCUUCUACAGUUCUUCUACUUCUACAAAUACAGUCAGCUCAGCCACCAAUCUCUGUGUUAAGCUGAGCUCAUUUUUUUCCAGGUUAAAGCUUCAUAUUUUCUGUACAGGCAUGAGAGUGAUGAUCUGAUCAUCUAACCCUCAACAACAAAUGGUAUAGAAGUGAAAAUGCUGCAGUAUCUGAUUCUUACCUUCUAUCUGCUAACAGUAUGUAGUCUCCUGCAUGCCGCUUCUCUCCCAGCAGCUCCAUUUCUCCUAAUCCGUGAAAUUGAUCAUCAGAAUGUCCAGACAAAUGAGUUUGUGUUUAAUCUACUGAAAACUAGCUUUGUCCAGCCAAGAGAACCCCCACUCCACCCCCAUCAUCAGUAUGCCUUCACUGACUGCUGUCCAGCUGGAAAAACAGAAUACUUGAUUUAUAAAAUGUGCCUCUUGAGGGCAUUUGAAUUUUUCAGUACACUUCAGUGUAUUUAAUGAUGCUCCAGAGUGAGGAUCGGCGGUGUGGCAGGAGAAAAAAAAAUAGUUCUUACCUCUCUCCCUCCCUCAUUCUCUCGUACUUGAUUUCCUUUAGGCCUCGCUGUAUUUUCCCACACGGUCCUGAAUCCUAACUGUGGUCCUCUGAAGGCUCUGAUCCUCCAGUCAGAUCCUUCAGCGUUGCAGUUAAUUCAGUCCUGAGAAUACAAAUAAACAAAAGGCCUUACUUCUCGAUCACUGUAUAAAGAUGUGAUAGCUGUGUAUGAAAAUGACAUGUAUUAAUUGUAAGUUAAGCUUUUUUAUCUGACAUUAAAAAAAAAACACGGCAUGGAAAUAAUUAAAAAAACUCAUUUAUAUAUAUAGUUAAUAGUUUGUGUAGACCGACAAGAAAAACAAUAUGAUAUGAAAAUCGUUUGUACACAAUGAUGGAGUCAUUGUUAAUGGUAAUAGUUGCUGUUGCUAUGGCAACAAAAUGACAACAUGGCUACCUUUCUAUUAUCCUGAUAGUGAAUUUUUCACAUUAAUUAAAAUAACAUACAACACUAACUUAUUCAAAAAGGGAAUGUCUAAUUAGUUUGUCUUGUUAUUGCAGCGUGAUUAAAUAUUUUAUAUGGAAAACUUAAAUCCUUGUAAUAUCCAAAGGUCCUUAGGGGAGGUCAGGUGUUUAUUUUGUUUUGUUUAUUUGACCUUAAUUGUCGUUUUUCUGUUUUGUUUCGUUCUGUUUUUUUCUUGUACAUGGUGUUUUUGAGAAAUAAGAAUGGACUUUGGCUUUUAAAGCAAACACCUUUCUGUCAGGGAGGUAAAGAGGCUUUUGGACUGACUGAAAGAUCUUUUUCUGUAAAGUCAAACUCGUCUGCAGACCGGACAGCCCGGCUCAGAGCCUUCGUUGGUGAGUUGUGUUUCAGUUUUGGCUCAGAAGGCGGUCCAGAAGUCUCUUCCUGCCCAGCUGUGCUGGGUGAUGUCGAUCCUUGCGGAGGUGUAUAUGAAUGUGUGACGUUCACCUUGUUUGCACUUAUGUACAUAACUAUGUCAGAAAUACUCAAAAUUUAUUUUGAAUAAAUACAGAGAAAAGAGCUGAUUAAAAAUUCAAAUCAAUGUAUUGUUAAUGAUAUGUCUAUUGUUUUAUUACAGUGUGAGAUGAUUGCUUUGGGGGAUCUGUCCUUUUGUUUGUUUGUUUGUUUGCUAGAGCCCUGUUCCCUGCCAAGCAUGGUGCCGCCCAGCUGUUAACUACGAAUGAUUUGCUUUAAAAAGCUUUUUUUCAGUUCAGUUACUGGAUCAGCUUUAGUUCAGUAACGUGGGACCCUGAGAUCAAAGAGGAGAGAUGGAUUAGAAGAAAGAGUUCCAACUUUGUGUGUAAAAGCUCAGCAUGAAUCCACAGCAGCAGCAGCAGACACUUUCCUCUCUCCAGUAAAGCACCAGAAUAAAGCACAGAGAAGCUCCACCUGCAGGCUGAAAACAACAGGAGCAGAUACGAAAUCAGACCACAGAGGAACAUGGAUGUGUUCACAGGGUUUUAAAUUCACUUUCGUUUCUGUCAUUUUGUGAUUUUUUAUUUGUUCUAAUUACUUGCUCCCUUGUUGUCAUUAUCCAAAACAACAAUAAAUCUGAAUUCUCCUCAGGAUUUUAGUCAAACAACCUGGUUUUCCAAUGUUACUCUUGCAGCAGCAGCAGCAGCAGCAGCAUCCUUACGCAACUCUGUUCCUGCAGAUUUGGACAUGUGAUGCUUUUCAAUUGCUCUUAAAGCCAGCGAUUUUGUUGCCAUGGCACUUGUCCUAGCGGUGGAUUGACUGAGUCAUCCUGGUGAAUCGGUUCACAGCCCUCUGACUGUUGAAUAUUAACUUCAAAGCGUCCGUGUGCAGAGACGGGUCUGUGAACGACGUGUACCCAAAACUCACCAAAGCUCCUUCACUAUGACUCACCAGCUCCCGUCAUCACUGCGCACAGAGAAGUACAUGUGGGUGUCCAGUCGCCAAACCAGUAGAUAAGAUUGUGAUUCAAAAUUGAUGUGUUGUUAGCAUUAUUUUCAGCUGUAGUUGUGCCUUUAUUGUGCAAAAUGUACUUUUAUGUUCUACAUUUGAUUGACUAAAAACAGCACAUGUACGGAGUGUGUGUAAAACUUAUCCCUUUAUUUAAAAUCCUUUUGUCGGUGAGUCUUUAAAUUGUUUGUUUUUUUUUAAAUUGGGUACAAUCACAGACUGAAUGGCAACCCGUGGAAGACGAUGAGGGCCAAAGACUGUUCAGGACUAAGCCAUAUGAAAACUCUCUCGGACACUCUAGGACAGACUUGAACGUGACUGCUGUUUCUUAGUCACCUUUUGUUUCACUCUGUUUUCUGCUUGUGGUGCUUGUAUGUGCUGCUGUGCUACAUGCCAAUUUACUUUGCAGUGUAUAGCUAUUAAGAGUAAGUUACUGUGCCUAUGAUGAGUUCUGCGAUUUCUGUUUGACCUUAAAUAAACCACAUCAUUGUGA